AGUCACGUGUAGUCAGUGCGGGAAGUUGGAAGUGAUAGAAUGAGCGAGGAAGCGGCGAUCGGGCAGUCGGUGGAUGCAAUGUGCAAAAAGCGGGAAGAUUACUUAGAAUGGUGUGAAUAUUUUAUGGCUGUCGCCUUUUUAUCGGCUCAGAGGAGUAAAGAUCCCAGUUCCCAAGUUGGAGCAUGUAUCGUAAAUCCCGAGAACAAGAUUGUUGGUAUUGGGUACAAUGGGAUGCCCAAUGGCUGUCCUGAUGAUGUUCUUCCAUGGGCAAGAAAGGCAGCGCAUAACCUUGAUACAAAGUACCCAUAUGUUUGUCAUGCGGAGCUGAAUGCCAUUAUGAACAAGAAUUCUGCAGACGUAAAAGGAUGUGUCCUGUACGUUGCUUUGUUUCCAUGCAAUGAAUGCGCCAAGCUAAUUAUACAAGCAGGCAUUAAGGAAGUGAUCUACAUGUCUGACAAGUACCAUGACAAUCCAGAAAUGAAGGCUGCAAGGCGCAUGUUUGAUCUGGUUGGAAUCAAAUGCACGAAAUUUGUUCCCAAGCGAAGAAGUAUAGUCAUCGACUUUGAUUCGAUCAAUAAGAACAGACCGAGUCCGACACAGUUGUGAAGACUUGUUGCAUCUUCAGUUGCUGUCACACUAUAUGACUUUUGUAGCUGUCACCUGUGUGAGAAUGUAAAGGGUUAGGUGUCUGUAUUUCUCUAUAAAGGGUAUGCUGGCUUAUUUUUGCUGAAUCCUUUUAGUGACUGUCAUCGUAUAGAUCUAACAAACUCCCAAUGGUGCCUUACCUUUGUAGUGUGCUUAAGAAAUGUCACUGAUGCCCAGGUAAUUAGAGCUGCUCAAUGAUUCAGACUGUUACGCAUUUUGUAAAUGAACCAUGUGCUUUUAUGGCAGACCCUGUAGCUGCUGCUUUGCUAAAUGUUACACUUUAUUUACAGGUAUGUGCAAAUAGGCAAUAUGUUUAUUGUCAAUACAAGCAGAUUUGCUUUAGGAUGAUGCUCUGCCUUGAUGAUUGCCCCUUACCCAUUCAGACUACAGUUAGGGUUCAUGUACAUGGAUUCUUUGAUUGCACUUUUGCUCUUUUGAGCUCCAUUUUACUAAACAUGUACUACCUGUCUAAAUUUGAUUCAGCUUGUAGUAGGAAGAGCUUGGU